AUGGCAUCUGUAGACGGUUGCUGGCCUCCACGAAUGGCCAUGCGACCGUCUGCGAAUGUGCUGUUCCCGCCGAACGUCCGCGCGCUCGGUUCGGCAGCUCGCCGUGGCGUACCGAGCCGAGCGCCGCCGGCAUUCGGUAAUGACUGCCGCGUUCCAUCGCGAAAGGAGCUGAGCACGGUUGUGCGCUCGGCUCCGUUCGGGAAUUCGCCGGUGCUCGUUUGAUGCGGUUCUGGUCUUUGAGUUCAAUGGCGGUGAAGUAAAGGGAGGUGGAGAGAGGAAGAGGGCGGACGCAGAGGAUGGAGAGGGAGAGAGGACGAGUGAGAAGCAGAGGAUGGAGAGACGGAAAGACAGCAGGAAGAGAGGAAGGGUCGGCGGAGAAGGAGGGCCACGCGGGGGAGAGGGAUGGAGAGAGGAGCGCUGAGGGUGAGAGAACUAAAGACGAAGAAGAGGAAGAUGGAUAGGGAGAGAGUAAGGGGAGAAUGAGGGUGGAGAGAGAGAAGAGGGGGAGUUGGAGGGAAGGAGGGUGAGAGAGAGAGAGAGAGAGAGAAGAAAGGGAGGGAGAGAGGAAACGUAAGAGGAAGGGAAGAUGCAGGAGCAUGCCAGGGCGAGAGGGAGGUAAAUUAGAGUCAAAUCCAUUCUCUGAAUCGCCAUCGCCAUGAGCAUCCCAAAAACGUUGAUAGAUAAGAAGUUGCUGGUUCUUGAACUCCAUCUGGUCAUCAAAACAAUACCAUGGCGGUGAAGUUGAUCAGAUUAAACCUUCUUCUGUCUCAUUCAGUUGCUGCAACGAGGAUCCGGGCCUGGCGCAAGAAGCUCCCACGCCAUUACGGUGGUCGGCAGCAGGGCCUACGCCUUUGGCGGAGAAUUCACCCCCCGCGUCCCCGUGGACAACAAGAUCCAUGUCUUCGACCUGGAGACUCUCACCUGGUCCGUUCCAGAGGUCACCGGAGACAUCCCGCCGCCGAGGGUCGGCGUCACCAUGGCCACCGUCGGUAAGACCAUCUACGUCUUCGGUGGUCGUGACGCAGAGCACAAGGAGCUGAACGAGCUCUACUCGUUCGACACAACCACGGACAACUGGACCCUUCUGUCCUCCGGCGAGCUCGGCCCGCCCAGCCGGAGCUACCACUCGACGGCCGCGGACGGCCACCAUGUCUACAUCUUUGGCGGGUGCGGAGUCGCCGGGAGGCUCAAUGACCUCUGGGCUUACGAUGUUUUGGACGGGAAGUGGGUCAAGUUCCCGGAGCCAGGGAAGAGCUGCCGUCCCCGGGGAGGAACUGGGCUCGCCGUGGCCGGAGAGAAGAUCUGGAUAGUUUAUGGUUUCGCAGGUGAAGAGGUAGACGACGUCCACUGCUUCGACCCGGCCUCCGGGGAGUGGACGGAGGUGGAGACAACCGGGGACAAACCUUGCCCUCGGAGCGUCUUCUCCAUAGCCGGCAUUGGAAAGCGCGUGAUCAUAUGCGGAGGCGAAGUUGAUCCGAGCGAUCUCGGCCAUCUCGGCGCCGGGAGCUUCGCCGGCGAUUCGUACGUGUUGGACACGGCGACGAAAGCAUGGAAGAAGCUGGCGGAGGUGGCGGAGCCCGGGGAGCACCCCGGGCCUCGCGGCUGGUGCGCGUUCUCCGUGGGUCGCCGGGACGGGGAGGAAGGGCUGCUUGUCUACGGUGGGAAUUCGCCCACCAAUGACCGGCUGGACGACAUCUUCUUCUUCACUCCUUCCUUUGGCAGGUGA